AUGACUAUUACUUUCCAAUUGGCUAUUUUUGCUUUAAUUGCGACUUCAUCAAUCUUACUGAUUCGAAGCAUGCCUCACUUAAGGGAAUGGAAGCAUAUUUAA